CAGGCAGAUGGAUGGCAGAGGAGCAUCGCAGAGAUCCAGUAUGGCAACUCAGCACCAGGCAGCGUCCACUCUGCAGGAAAAGGCAGUUUUCAUUUUCCUCUGCACAUCCUUUGCUCUCUCGCUUGGCCGUCAAACGAUGCCACAAGCACAGAUGAACAACGGAAGCAGCUCAAUGGCCCUGGAACAGAAUGCCGGAGACAGCAGUCUAAGCUCAAAUAUGAGUGCAGCCACCAACACGUCCACAGCUGUGAGUGCAAACCAAGGAGACAAUACGACCACUGCACGACCUAAAGGUAUCAGCACAACGCCAAAUGCAAGUGGGAAUGGAGUUCCUGGAGCAGUUACCUUUGAGAAAAAUUCAACUCUGUCUGCGUCCACCACCAAAAACACUGAGGUCGCCAACUCAGAAGGCUCUUCCAGUCUGUAUGCAAAAGGAAGCAAUCAAAUCACCAACAACAUGGCUGGAAGGAAAGCUUCACCCAUAUAUGGAUACACAGUGAGUACCACACAGGUGAACAGCACCACAAAUGGAAGCACAACCUCUGGAAGCAACAUAGGAAAGGAUCAGAGUCUAAAUACUUUCAAUACAAAGAACAGCUCUGUCACCACCACAGGCAGCCCCCUAGCACUGCGCUCCACCAUCGGGCAGAGCACUGGAGGCAGCACAAGCACCAGCCCUGGGAAUCAAGCUGUGAUUAUGAAUGCGUACACAGGCAGACCUCCUACCAUGUCUGGACUCAGACCUUCAUCUUCUUACUAUGCCACUUCAGCAGCGACCACAUCAAAGGUCAGCAGUCCACAGAAUAUCCAGUCAACAACAAGCAGCCCAGCUACUCACAGGACGACUUACUCAGAUAAUCAGUCCACCAGCCCGGAUGUCAACACUGAGACACAAACUCAACAUUACAACACUUCAGAAGGAAAAGUCAACAGCUGCAAACCUCUGGAAUCUUUCAUGAUACUCUCCACAGGUUCAGGUCUGAGCUGGUUUAUGGUUUGGAUGAUAUGCUUACUGGGAGUCAACAGCAUAGCACAAUCGUGAAGAAAAGUAACAAGCAGGAGCUCAAACCC